AUGAGCAAUAAUAUGUUUUAUUGUUCGUUUGUUAGCAUUCACUACAUAAUCUGUGAAUGCGGAGACACUUUCCCAACAGAAGAGGCGCUAAAAGAUCAUUUGGAAAAGGAUCACAAUAAUAAAAUACAAAUCGAAAGAAAUGAAUUCAAGUGCGACACCUGUAGCAAAAUAUUUGCUUCUGAGCGAGCAUGCCUCAUCCACCAGAGGAUCCAUACCAAGCCUCGCACCAAGAAAGAUUCGGACCAAGAGAAGAAGAGAUAUGUUAACAUGAAGAAUAUUGUUUGUGAAGUGUGUGGGAAGAGAUAUGCGUCUAACGCAGCUUUGAGAUAUCACCAGCGGGUCCACACAGGAGAGAGGCCAUAUCAGUGUAGCGAGUGCCCUAAAAGUUUCACUAUGCCACUAUUUUUGCAGAUCCAUAUGAGAACACACACAGGAGAACGACCCUACGAGUGCCCGCACUGCCCCAAAGCCUUUAGUAACAAAGCUGCCCUACUGCGGCAUGAUAGGGUCCACACAGGUUUGAAACCGUACGAGUGUCCACAAUGUGGCAAGUUCUUCACUCAGUCCAACUCGAUGAAGUUACAUGUGAAGACGGUACAUCUCAAGAUGCCAGCCCCAUACAAGAGUAGGAACCGACGUGCGAGACAAUCUGCCAGACAAGCAAUGAAUGUCGAAGUGCAGAUAGAAGAAGGUAUGUAUCAGCCCCCGAUCAAAACGGAGCUAAGGGAGUACGAGACGGACGGAGAGAUAUAUCAGGAUGCUGAUACUUACCAAGAGGUAUACCAAGAUGGCGAUAUACUGUAUGAUGAAGUGAAAGUUGAGGGUUCAGAGAUUGCCAUGUAUGAGGAGGAGCAGGAGGAUCAACCGGAAGUGCUUUACGAAGAAGUGUAUGAAAUACAAGAGGUG